CGAGAAGACCUUGGCUCUUGUGUUUUCUCCUCUUCAUAAACUACGUUAAAACAACAUCUGAAGUCAGUCGGGUGACAACACGAUGACAGGAGCAGCUUCACAAGCGCCCAGUGACUCUGCCACCCAGGCCAAAGCUUCAGGGAAGAAGAAGAAAGGAGGGCCCGUUGUGAGCGAACUGGUGUACAGAGCCGUGGCUGCCUCCCAGGACCGCAAAGGUCUUUCCUACUACGCCAUAAAGCAGGCGCUGAGCUUCCAGGGCUACGAUGUGGAUCAGCACGGCUUCCUCAUCAAACACGCCAUUAAUAUAAUGGUAAAGAAAGGGGCUCUGAUCCAGACCAAAGGAUCCGGGGUUUCUGGGUCAUUUAAGGUGCCCAAACCCGGUAAAAAGCCCAAGCAGGCGUUAAGGGAACCUGCACUGGAAGAAGUGUACGCCGCUAAGCCAAGUAGGCCGCUGGUGACUCUGAGUCAGCAUCCAAGGAGAAAGCGUUAGCUCAGAGAACAUGCCGAAGAAGCCCGAAAGGCUCUUUUAAGAGCCACCAAACUGUACACUAAAGAGCUGAUUUCAUUUUCAAAUGAAGAAUGAAUAAAAUUAGUACAUACAUCACACCUUCAGACCUCAUCAACUUAAUAUAAAUGGCUGUUUUGCUUCCAGAUACCAUUUACUGUCAGUGCAGCACACUUGAUUUAAGACAAAGGUCAGGUAUCAGAUCUUUGAGAAGCUGUGCUAUUAUUCACUCCUAGGGGCGAAUCUAGGAUCAAACCUUUACAGUUCAGCCCUCAAAUCAUAACACUAAUGUUAACUAUUUGAUGCUAUUCAGAGAGAAAAUGUACAUAAGUGGACACUUUAGUCAAAUUAAUGACCCUGCAUUAUCAGAGGAAUUGGAACUGUUGCUUGCUAACAUUUUAGGCAGAGUGCAUUUUGGAUCUGUACCACUCACUUGUUUCAUGAAAUUACCUCUUAAUCUUAUUUCUGCUGCAGCAACACAUCUGAUUUAUUAAUAAGGGAUAAUAUUAAAACACUGUGCAGUUGAAGCAUACAGUGCCUCUCUGUAAAUGCAUUGUAACACCAUGACAUCCAGAAAACUGCACAUUAAAGCCAUUUUUGUCUGCUUAUUCAAGAUUUCUCUGGGGUGCUAUUGUAUAAAACUAUAAUGGGGUAGAAGUUCGGACUUUUUUAGAUGAUCCGUGGCAGCAUGUCAGUCUGUUACGGUUUAAGAAGAAAAGGUUAAAUUCAUGAAUCUAAGAUUUAACUUAAAGAUCUGAGGUUAACACAAGAAAUUGAAACCUACAUAAAUGAUAAUAAAAGAAACAAUAAGCGUCCUAUUUGCCUAUAAAUGCAACAGAUGCAGCAUUUUCCUCAACAAGGAUUAUUUUAAAUUUAGUAGACAAAUAUGAUCUUGUUGUCUCAUUCAUGUUUAUUUCUGCAUUUAUUUCUUUAAUAAAAGUAACAACUUAGUGAUGAGCACUAAUGAUGAGCACUAGUGAUGAGCACUAUAUAAUAUAAAGGCAGGGUUUUUAUGAUGGGAGUGAUCAGAGAGAGGUCAGU